AUGGGGAAUUGUCUAUUCGGAGGAAUGGGAGUCGACAUAGCAACCAACAACGAGCCAAUCAAAGUGAUCACCUACAACGGCGGUGUCAUGGAAAUAAUCGCCCCGAUAACAGUUCAAUGCAUAACCGACGAGUUUCCAAACCACGGCAUCUUUCGUUCUCAAGACCUCUUUUGGAAACCACUAGCCCAUACCGAAUUCCUACUCUCCGGUCAAUCCUACCAUCUUCUCCCUAUGACCGGCUUGACUAAUGGUCAGGCAGGUGACCAGUUGGGACAUGUUAGGUCAAACAGUGUCCCUCCGGUUGGCUCGCUCACGACCCCAUAUAGAAUGUCGUUCCAUCAUAGGCAUGGUUCGACGCUAAAGAGGUCACAUACGGAGGUCUUUUCGAGGUAUAGAGGGGGUGGAAGCUCGACCGGUUUUUGGAAGGUUAAGUUGGUGAUAAGGCCAAAACAACUUAGGGAAAUAUUGGAGGAAGAAGCCCAGACGGAAGAGUUGAUUGAGAAUGUGAGGACUGUGGCUAAGUGUGGGAAUGUAAUUGGGCUUUCUUAUUUGGGGUUUUCGGAUCAAUGGAGUCUUUCAUCUAGUAGGAAUGCUUCAUCUAACAAAGAUAAUGAUUUCUUUGAGAUUAAUAGCAUUUAG